AUGACGACACGGCUAGUUCAAACGACACUGACUGGAACACCGGCAGAAGUUAGAUGUAAGUGCGGGAAAAUCUGUAAGAACCUCAGGGGUCUACGGAUUCACCAGGCAAGAUCGGCAUGUGGUCAAAAGGCAUCCCAGAAGCAGCGCACAAGUUUAAUCCUUGGUAAGACGCAGGAGGACACUAGUCAGGAGGCUACCCACAGAACUAGAGACCUCUCUGCAGAUGAGAUGCCAUCUGACAGCACACAGAUUCCUGAUGAAUCCCAGAUUGAUCCUCUCCUUGAGUUACUUCAAACCCAAGAUGACCCUGAACCAGUAAAAGAAGUACCGCAUAAGACCCCACCAGCAACACCAGAGGAGGAAAAGAGACCAAGAAUAGAGUGGCCAAAGACUUCGAAUAAAAAGGCAUGGACAGACUUUGAUCACGACCUAGAUCUUAUCCUGGAAGCAACUCUACAAGGGGCAGUUGAGAGAAAACUAGUGGCCAUGACAAGCCUAAUUUACACGGUUGGCAAAGAACGAUAUGGAGUCUAUGUACCAAAACAUUCCAAACCAUCAAGUCAACCCAACAGGAGAGAGAGGCAGAUACAGGCCAUAAGACAAGAGCUUAAGAAACUGAGAAAGGCAUAUAGAAACGCCAAAGACGAGGAGAAACUUGGAUUGCAAGAGCUACGAGACUUGCAGAGAAAGCAACUGAGGGAACUCAGAAAAGCAGAGACAGCAAGAAAGAACAGACGAAAGAGAGCACAACAAAGGACUGCAUUUAUAGCCAAUCCAUACAAGUUCUCCAAAAAGGUGCUAGACAAGGAGAAAUCAGGCAUCCUCAACAGCUCAAUGGAGGAGAUACAGACCCACCUGAGGGAUACACACUCUGACACCAGAAGAGAUGACCCUUUGGGCCCAUGUGCACACAUCAUGCCUGAACCAGCUCCAACUAUAGCACUUGACAGUAAAGAACCCACCCUGGCUGAGGUGAAAGAUGUAGUGAAGAAAGCUAGAGCUGGCUCUGCCCCAGGACCUAAUGGAAUACCAUAUAAGGUCUACAAGAUGUGCCCAAGACUGCUUCGUCGCCUUUGGCGCCUAAUUAAGGUGGUAUGGAGAAAAGGACAGGUACCCGAGUGCUGGCAGAAAGCAGAAGGCCCAUUUGUUCCUAAGGAAACAAACUCGCACAACAUUAGCCAGUUCAGGACAAUAUCACUUUUAAAUGUGGAAGGCAAAAUCUUCUUUGCUGUUCUCGCUAGAAGACUGACCACAUACCUUACUACUAACAAAUAUGUGGAUACUUCAAUCCAAAAAGGAGGUGUGCCUGGAUUUUCUGGUUGUGUAGAGCACACAAGCGCUUUAAGCCAGCUGAUACGUGAAGCGAAAGUGAACCAACAGGAUUUGACAGUAGUAUGGCUAGACCUAGCCAAUGCAUACGGCUCCAUACCACACCAGCUAAUACGAAGAGCGCUGGAUCACUAUCACAUACCAGCACAUGUACAGAAGAUUGACCUUGGGUACCUAGACAACAUUCAGCUGCGCUUCUCAGUGAGAGAGAAGAUAACAGAGUGGCAGAGGCUUGAGAAGGGAAUCAUUACUGGCUGCACCGUUUCCGUUGUCCUAUUUGUCAUGGGCAUGAACCUCGUCCUGAAUGCUGCCAAGAAGGAAACCCGUGGACCAAAAACUGCGUCAGGGAUCUACCUACCAAGCAACAGGAGCUUCAUGGAUGACUUGACUAUAACCACCCUGACACAUGUGCAGGCUAGAUGGGUCCUCUCAGCUCUUGAGAGUACAACAUCUUGGGCAAGAAUGAAAUUCAAGCCAAAGAAAUCCAGAAGCCUUAUCAUCAAGAAAGGCCAGUCAACCAAGAAGUUCAACCUCCAGGUACAGGGAGAAGACAUACCAUCUAUCAUGGAUAGUCCAAUCAAGUGCCUGGGCAAGUGGUAUGAUGCCAGCCUCAACGAUACAAAUAAUGUAAAGCGCAUCAAAGGCCAGCUAAAUGAAGGGUUGAAACAAAUAGACAGGUCUUGGCUACCAGGAAAAUUCAAGGCAUGGUUGUUUCAACACGGACUACUACCUCCCCUGAUGUGGCCCCUUAUGUUGUAUGAGAUAGCAACAUCAACAGUGGAGGGCCUAGAAAGAACCAUAAGCAGGCAUCUUCGAAGAUGGUUAGGGGUACCACCAAGCUUUACAAACAUAGGUCUUUAUGGAAGAUCCAAUCAGUUACAACUCCCGCUCUCAUCAUUAGUGGAGGAGUUCAAGGCAUCAAAGGCACGGCUGGUGGUAACUCUGAAAGAAUCCAGAGAUGAUAAGAUCAGGAAAGCUGGCAUAGAGACAAGAACAGGGAGAAAGUGGUCAGCCAGCCAGGCAGUGACCCAGGCAGAAAGUAGACUUAGGCAGAAAGACAUUGUUGGAACAACCACUAGCGGGCGCCAAGGUCUUGGAAUCUCAACAUGUCCUAGAUGGAGCCAAGCAGCCAGUGGGGAAAAAAGGAAAAUGGUAGUAGAUGAAGUGCGGAAGAUGAAAGAAGACGAGAGAAGAUCUAGAGCAGUAGCCAUGGGCUCACAGGGAGCAUGGACAAAAUGGGACACCACACCAAGGAAGAUGACAUGGGGCCAGAUCUGGAAGUAUGAGCCUUUGCGAAUCAGCUUCUUACUGCGGUCGGUAUAUGAUCUGCUACCCUCACCAGCUAACCUACACAGAUGGGGAAUACAAGACAGCCCAUCAUGUCAACUGUGUAACAGAACUGGAAGCAUGGAGCACAUACUAUCAGCAUGCAGCACAGCACUCACGCAAGGCAGAUAUAGAUGGCGCCAUGACCAAGUGCUUCGAGAUAUGGCAGACAUUCUUGAAAGACAGCGAAUGAAGAAGAGAAAACAGCCACAGCCAAAAACCAUCCACUUUGUCAAGGAAGGCCAGUCAGCACCUAAAGGCAAAAGAACAACAUCUUCAGUACUUGACGAAGCUGACAAUUGGAAUAUGGCUGUUGACCUACAGAAAAAGCUUGUCUUUCCGGAGGUAGUACAAACCAAUCUCAGACCCGACAUUGUCAUCUGGUCCAACACUGCAAAGCACCUGGUGAUGAUUGAAUUGACAAUCCCAUGGGAAACAAGGUGUGAAGAAGCCUAUGAGAGGAAGAAAACCAAGUACUCUGAUCUCAUGGACCAAUGCAGACAACAAGGAUGGAGAACCUGGCUGUUCCCUGUUGAAAUAGGAGCAAGGGGUUUCCCAGCCAAUUCACUAUGGAAGAUGUUGGGCGCCAUGGGACUUAAAGUCUUAACGGCCAUGAGAGAAGGACUGCUGUGGGCAGACUAG